AUGAAAAUUAUUUUAAUUUAAUUAUAUCAAAGAUUUUAUAUAGAGGAUAAUUUUAGAGAAGCCUAAAAUCUUGGUAUCUAAGUGUUUUUUGCAAAUGGUGAAUUUGCUAUAAUAGCAUUAUCAUAUUUUAUUAUUUAUUGUAGAUGGUUAGCAGUUUCAGUUGCAAUACUAUCUGUGUUACUAAAUAUUGGUAACCUUUUGAUUUUUGAAUAUUAUAAUUUUUACACAAAGAAAAUAUAUGUAAAGAUUCUAAAUUAAUUUGCAAAAUUAAAUGGGACUUAAUAAAUCAAAAUAGAUGAUUUAGUAACUAAUCAAUCAACUAAAGAGAACAAUAUCAGGGUAUAUUCUAUUUUGGAUUUAUUGAAAAUAUAAAUCAUUAAGGAAUUACUUACUCAAAAAGAUCAUUUUAAAUUAUUUACAAAUUUCAUUUUUUAAUCUCAUUAAAGAAAUAGAAUUUAUGAAUAUUAAUUUUUUAAAUUAAAAAUAAUUUAAAAUUCAAAAAGAGAUUUUGAAUUCAACUUUAAUAAAAGUUUAAAUUCUAGAAUAAGUUUAUCUUUUUAGAUGGGUAAAUAGUUUUUUUUUUGAAAGGUUUCAAAAAACUUUUUAUUAAACAAACUUCAUAAUUUGUUUAGAAUUAUUGUUAACACCAAAUGUAUUUUUUGCUGGAGUAAUGAUUUUUUUGCAAUAAAGGUGACAUAUUAUGGAAUUAGUUUUUUCAGUGAUUAGUUAGGUCUCAAUUUCUUCACUACUAAUUUCCUUAUUACUUUAUUUGAAUUCUUAGCUUUUGCUAUUUUAGGUAAUCUAUCUACCUAUUUUUCGAUUUUUUAAUUACAAAUUUGAAAAGAAAAACAAAUAUUAUAAGUGGGUUCUUCUUCAUAGGAUUUAUGAGCUUAUAUUUCCUUUUCUAAGUAUUUCGAAUCUUCGAAGGUAUUUUGGCUGGAGUAUAUUUAAAAUAUAAUUCUAAUAGUUAAUGAGAUUUCUAAUAUGAGCAAUUUGGGUUUUGGGUUAUAUUUAUGUGCCUGAACUAUUUUUGUUAGAUAUUUAGCCUUAUCUUUAAUAUCAGUAGAUGGAUCUUUUGGCAGUAAAGCUUAAGUAUAUUUUAUUAAUUUUUUCUCAUAUCUCAAUUUUCAUCUCAUUGUUGCUUUUGGGAUCAUUUGUGUUUUAUGCGCUUUACUAUUGUUUCCAUUAAGAGAAACUUUACAUUAGCCUAUGAGAGAAAAGAUCGAAGAAAACUAUACUCGUAAUAGGCCUAGUAUGCUUCAUAUAAACGAUUUAGAACAAAUUACAUCACCCUUUCAUGA